AUGUCUGCACGCUUGCCAUCCCUUUGGAAGCGGUUGUCGUCGACCAUCAGCCCACGGCCAGCACCGCCUAAAGCGCAUCAUCAUGCACCAAUACCGGAUGCAGCUUUCCCUAGUGGAUAUGUUUUAACAGGGCUUCAUUGUGGUAUCAAAAAGACGGGCGCGCUCGACCUCGCAGUCAUUCUGUCCACCACUCCGAAACCGGCGUCGGCGGCGGCAUGUUUCACGCGUAACGCUUUCAAAGCGGCCCCAGUUGUUGUGUCUGAGGAAGUAUUGCAACGCAAUGCCAGUACAGCGCGCGCACUCGUCGUCAACAGUGGCUGCGCGAAUGCAGUAACAGGGAAGCAGGGCAUGGAGGACGCAUGGGCCAUGGUCCGUGCUACUGACGCGCUGCUUGGUUGUUCUGCAAAGGAGAGCGAGACCCUCGUUAUGUCUACAGGAGUCAUCGGCCAAACUCUGCCCAUCUCCAAGGUUCUCGCGGGGAUCGAGUCACAGUCCUCUGACAGCCAGACGAAAUCUCUGGGCUCAGACUUCACAGCAUGGGAGCGCGCUGCGAAGGCGUUCAUGACUACCGACACCUUCCCGAAGCUGCGUGCGCGCACGUUCUCGAUCGACGGCCGCGAGUACAAGAUGGCAGGCAUGGACAAGGGCGCGGGCAUGAUCCACCCCGACAUGGGCCCUCCACGUACGGCCGGGCAGCUGCACGCAACGCUCCUGGGCUGCAUCAUGACCGACGCCGCAGUCUCUCCGCGGAGUCUGCAGUCCGCGCUCACGUACGCGGUGGACCGAAGCUUCAACUCGAUUAGUGUGGACGGCGACAUGUCGACGAAUGACACCAUUGUCGUACUAGCGAAUGGUUCUGCUGCUAGUGAUCCUGCUGCAGAGAUUGAUGAAGAGCGCGAUCCCCGCACAUACCAGUUAUUCAGGGAUGAGCUCACGACGUUCGCGGCGGACCUCGCACAGCUAGUUGUACGGGACGGAGAGGGCGCUACGAAGUUCGUGACCGUGUCUGUCAAUGGUGCCGCAACGUACGAAGAUGCACACCGCAUUGCCUCGCGCAUCUCGACAUCUGCUCUUGUCAAGACCGCGCUGUAUGGUCAAGACGCAAACUGGGGACGCAUACUAGCAGCGACCGGCUCGGUACCGCUUUCAGUUCCUAUUGACCCGACACGAGUCAGCGUCUCCUUCAUACCCACCGACGGCUCGCCAGCACUGCCACUGCUUGUGAAUGGUGAACCCGAGACCGUAGAUGAAGCACGCGCAAAAGAAAUUAUCAGUGUCGAGGACCUCGAAAUUGAGGUCCAACUCGGUAUCGGGAGCGAAAAUGCCAAGUACUGGACGUGCGAUUUUAGCUAUGAGUACGUUAGGAUUAACGGCGAUUACAGAAGUUAGACAUACGUAGGGAGUGUCAGUAAGAGUCGAGGAAAGGGUAUGAUCAUGAUGCGUCCACUGCACCGGUAAUAGCCCAGUGCGCGAUAAAUACAGACGUUGAAUUUCCUGGUA